AUAUCCGUCAUUUGUCUCUAGUUGAUCGGAUCAGCCCUGAUCAUAUAGGCUAACAUCACAAAGUCCGUCUCGGAUACGCCAAAGGAAAAAAAUUGUACUGAGGAGUGUCCUCACACCAUCUCCAUCCCACUACCUGUCUCAUUCUUCGGUUUGGCCGUAUUGCAUUCCACGACGGCAACGGAAAACCCAUAGAAAAAUUCAGGCUUCAGAGUCUCCGCGGAUCGAGCUCUCCGUUGGCCAGGCGACGCCGCGGCCGGUACAGAACAAGAAGCGGUUGAUGUGGAACAAGAAACGGCCAAUUAUCCCAAGGCGCGCCCACGAGUUUUACUAAUUAAUACCCGGGUCGCGUUGCGUGCGUCGUCGUCGUCCUCUCUUGCUCGGUCGUCGCCGCUCCCGGUCCGGAUAAACCGGUUUCCUUGCGGUUCUAGAUCCUUCUCCUCGCUUGUUUUUCCGCUGGUUGCUUGCUCCGGUUCCCUGCCCUGACCGAGGAAGCAGAAUCAGGCUUGGUGAUCGCGUAGGAGAAGCAUAGGCGGAGGCUCCCUGCCUCCUGUUCUUGAUCAAGAAGGCGGAGCAUACAGGGCGCAGGAAAGGGGAGACAUGGACGAGGAAUCCGGCGCCGCUUCCAGGUACUUCUGCCACAUGUGCUCGCUGAUCAUACGGCCCGAGCUGGGCAUCGAGGAGGUGAAGUGCCCCCACUGCCACACCGGCUUCGUGGAGGAGAUGGCCGGCGACCGUCGAGCCGGCGGCGACGCGGACACCCGAGGCCGUGCUGUGAGUGUGAACGCCUCGGACGCCGCGUUGGAGCGCGAGGUCUCGCUCUGGGCGCCCGUGCUCAUGGACUAUCUCGCCGCCUCCUCCGGCCGCCACGGCCUCGACGCCGGUGGCGGCGGAGGGGACCUCGCGGCUUUCGCGCGGAGGCAGUACCGCAACAUCGCCCUCCUGCAGCUGCUCAACGCGCUCCAGGAGGGCGACGCCGCCGACGCGGGGCGCGAGCGGGUCGUUCUCGUCAGCCCCUCGGACGCGCGCGCCAUGCUCAUGGGGCAAGAGCGAGGCGCAGGCGCCGGCGGCGCGGCCCUGGGCCCCGGCGGGCUGACGCUCGGGGACCUGUUCCUGGGCCCUGGGCUGGACCUGCUGCUGGAGUACCUGGCCGAGACCGACCCGAGCCGGCAGGGCACGCCGCCAGCCAGGAAGGAGGCCGUGGCGGCGCUGCCGAUGGUCCGGGCGCGCGAGGCCUUCACCUGCCCCGUGUGCCUGGACGAGGUCGCGGCCGGCGGCGAGGCGCGGGAGAUGCCGUGCAAGCACCGGUUCCAUGACCCGUGCAUCGUGCCAUGGCUGGAGAUGCACAGCUCCUGCCCCGUGUGCAGGCACCAGCUGCCCGCGGAGGAGCCUGCUGAGCCGGCCGGCGGCGGCAGGCGCGCUGCUGACGAGGCCAGCGGCAACGCGCACAGCGGCGACGACGGGAGAAGCAGCGGCAGGAGGCAUUGGUUCUCGUGGCCCUUUGGCGGGCUGUUCUCGCAACGAUCGAACGGGAGCUCCUCCUCCUCGUCGUGAUGGUAAUGGACAGAAUAAGAAUCUUGUAGAAGUUCGUUCUUGGUUUCUACGUGAUGAUUGGUGGCCAUUGUAAAAAGCUGCAUUUGUUCUUAGAUGGAAUUGUACAACUAGUUUUGCUUCUGUUCAGGUGGAUGGAGAUUAUUGGAGAAUAAUGCAUCUUCUGCUGCUUACAUUGCAUCUAUGAUCUAUCAACUCUGUCAAAGCACCUAUGCAGUGCAACCUUUCUGUCGGUAAAUCGUGAAGAUGGUUUAUGUGCCA